AUGGAAUUCUACCUUCUCGUGGUGUCCGGUGUCAGUACCCUCUCGCUGCGUAGAGGGGAAGCCAAAAGAAUCCGGGUGGUGCGGGUAGGGCCGAGCCGCAGAGUUUUCCGUGGUAGCCGAGCCCGCCCAACCCACGAAAAUCAAAGGAAAAGGGUUAUAAAAACCAUCCGACGACUGUUUACUCGAUUCGUACUCGAGACCGACACUGGACUUGCUUUUCCAGCAGACGUGGUAUCGUCUAAACAGGAGACAGGACGCCUCUGA